UGAUAACGCAAUAAACAUGUCUUUUAUCUUACGUACCAACCCUUAUAAAACUAUCCCGCAAAGUACCUAUUUCGCAAAUGCAAGAGGUUGUUGAUACAUUUCCAGAGACAUAUGCCGUAAAAUGCAACGUUGGAAAGCUUUAUAAGCCUAAGAACCAAGGUGAAGAUCAGAAAGUAACUGGCUUGGAUGCCAAUGGCAACCCAAUCAAGAAAAGAAAAAAAUAUGUUUCUCAUCUCUGGUACAAGGCAUAUUACUGUCAUAGGUCUGGUGAGAAAGAAAAGCCCAAGCAUGACCUAGGAGGAAAGUCAGGACAAAUAAGAAAAGUGCAAAAGACAUCCAAAAAGAUAGACUGUCCUGCUACCAUAAAAGCUACUUGCUGUAAGUCCAAACCGGAGGAAGUAGUUUUUAAUGAUCACAACCAUAGUCCUAUUGGCAGCAAGGAAGACUUCCAAUACUUGUCUGUUUCAGAGGGAACAAAAAGAUACAUUUUUCAGAAAUUUCAAGAAGGAUUUAUGUGUUGAGAUGUACGCUUGUCUGUUCAACGUGAAUUAAUGAAGUAUGUUCAGGAUCAUUUCCGCAUCAUUGUUGAUCACCAAUCGAACACUUCUUCAUCAAUGUGUGUAAUUAUUCAUCGUGAUCAACUGAUAUAUUCUGAACUAGUUUACAACCAAUAUAAACGUAUACAAGCGAGCACAUAUAAGCGUCAUAGUGACCGACAUGAGUCCAUCAAGAUUUGGAUCGACUAGCUUAAAUCCAAGGGCUACAAUGCCUACAUUGGUGAUAGUUUUAACAACAGCUACACAUUUGGAUUUAUGUCCCCAUGGCAGAAGAAUAUUCUAAAUUCGCCUUACUUCUGCUUAG